AUGAUAUUAUCACUAUCAUUAAUAAGAAAUGUUAAUAUAUAUGGCUGUGAUUGUUCAUGUUGUACAUUAGCUUAUUUAGGAACAAUAUCAGUAUCAACAUGUGCCUCAACAACAUGUACAAGUGCUUAUAAACCAAUUUUUCAUGAUAAAUAUGUAAAUCAACUAAAAAAUUCUUCAGCUGUUUUAGCUACAGAAGAGGCAAUUGAAAUUGAUUUUACUGUUGAAUCAUCUCCACCGUCGUUAAUUAGUUGA